GGAAGAAAGUGGGACUUUGAGUCCAAUCUGCAUAUAUGGGCCACGGUUGAGCCCAAGUAACAAGUAGUUGGGCCUACCGGAGGCCCAAUGAAGCUCCCGCGACUAUAAAUGGUCACAGCUCCCGCGUCUUUAUUCAUUUCCCCGGUCCGUUCAAAACGAAAAUGGCUUCAAGUGAGACACUGCAGCGGACAGAGAAGAGCUCCGACGAUCAGUCGCUGAAGCUCGCCUUAGCCAUUUCUCUUCUCCGAUCAAAGCUUCAGCACAAGCAGCCUCCUCCUCCACCACCAUCACUACCACCACCUCCUCCUCCUCCAGAAGCCGAUGCUCUUCGUUGGAAGCGGAAGGCCAAGGAGCGGAAACAAGAGAUCCUGAGAUUGAGGGAAGAUCUUAAGGUAGCUGAAGAUGCAUCGCGCGCUCAUCAGGUUCCUGAAGUUGCUUCAUGCAAGUGCUAUUUCUACAAUGAGUUGGGGAAGAUGAGCUCAAAGGAACUUGUCGAUGGAUCAGACUGCAGUUUCAGUGAUGUUCUUCGCAGGAGGUUUCUUAAACAAGUGCGGUAUAAACAAAGAAGGAGGAAAAGAGAUGGCUCGAUAUCAGAUCAGCGGCGAAGUACCACAGAUCUAAACAAGGAAGAUGAAACAGAGCAGCUGAUUUCUGCAGUGGACUUUCUUGUGGAUCUUUGUGACACCGUUUUCUCUGUUGAAGAGGCUAAUUUUGCUAAUUGGUGUCAUCAAGCUGCAGAUUUCUUACUAGCUUCAUUGAAGAAUCUACUGUCAUUGGCCGAAAAUAUGGAAACCAUUCAAGGAACAGUUAAUGGCCUGACAAUGCGUUUAAUUAGAAGGAUGAUUUACCCAGCAAGAGGAAAUGAGCCAGAUGACAUUGAUAGUGAUGUGCAAUUCUAUGUUCAGCAUUUGAUUCGAAAGCUUGCAUGUGAACCCUACAUUGGACAGAGAAUAUUAGUGGCAGUUUCUCAAAAUAUAUAUUCAAUGGCAGAAAGUUUACUUUUCUGCAAUCCAUUUGAUGACAACUUUGUACAGAUGCAUGGUGCUAUGUUCAUAUUAAUCCAGUUACUCGAGUUUCUGGUUUCUGACUACUUGUCAACAUGGUCGAGAACUGAAGCCUUUGACAAGAUCUUGUUUGAAGAGUGGCUGAUAUCAGUGGUACAUGCUCGUAAGGCAGUUGAGCUUUUGGAGAGCAGAAACACUCUCUACAUACUCUACAUGGAUAGGUUGAUAGGCCAAUUGGCCAAGCAACUGGACCAGAUCUCAUCCCUCCACCAGCUAAAUCCAGAUACGCUUCGUAACCUUUUUCAUUGACAUCCGUCUCAUUCUUCUUCCAGUGACCUGCACAUCUACUACACUACGCGUUGGAAAUAAGUUGUGGAACUAUUAUCCUUCUAAAUCAAUGCUGGUCCAGUCUUUUCAUGCUUGGAAUAAUAGUUGAAGAGACCUGAUUUAGUAUACAUAUAGAAAUCAAAAGAUUUCCAUGUUUUGGACGAAUAGGCAUAAGGCGUCUCUUGGUAACCACUUUUCUCAUUUGGAGAAGUAUGCUGCAGACUGAAGUAUUAUCUGCAUAUUAGAAUCUCCAGGGUUCCGCUACAUGUGUGCUCCUCCAUCCCCUCCCAUUUCCAAAAAUUAUGAGUACCUUUCAUCCUUGAUCAGGUUCAAUUUCCCUGUCUGUCAAACCUCUUGAAAUCCAUAAACUGAGUUAAUUGCUCUGAACAACACAGAACAUUUUAGGAUGCAUUGCCUUCUCUAUUAUUAUUCUUUUUUUUUUUCCUUUUUUAAAUAAGGAUGCAUUGCCUUCUCUAGAAAAGACGUGUGCCUACACAAACAUGAUAAUC